UGAGCCACAUUUUAUAUUUCUGUAAGACAAACUCCAUGAAAUUUUCAUACCAGAAAAGAACUGUGGGGUCCCUGCCUUGCUAAACAAGUAUCAAGGUCAAUUAAUCAGUGGAAAGACCUCUACGACAAUACCAUGUGAUCUUGUAAAUGCUCGUCUUCUUGUGUAUUCUAUGAUCUCAUCCUCCUAAUCUUAUACUACAGUCUUCACCAAUCAUUCAUGUAGCCAAAGGUUUCUCAAUAUUCUUUUAUCUAUAUAUAUUCUUUGCUACAAGCAUUUAGGACCAACACAACUAACUCACAUCCUAAAGCAUUACAAUAUCAAAAACCUUCUCUUCCUUAUAAGUCUUUUUAACAACAAUUUAUCUUCAAGUUUCAACGCAUACAACAAUGGGUUUUCGUUUCCCUAAAAUGAUCAGAAAGGCAUCUUUUUCUGCAAACCGAGCAGUUUCAAAAGUUGUGGACGUGCCAAAGGGAUACCUUGCAGUCUAUGUUGGAGAAGAAAUGAAGCGGUUUGUGAUCCCAAUUUCAUACUUGAACCAACCAUCCUUUCAAGACUUGUUGAGUCAGGCCGAGGAAGAGUUCGGAUAUGAUCAUCCAAUGGGUGGCCUAACCAUUCCUUGCACUGAAGAUGCAUUUCAACACAUUACUUCUUGCUUGAAUAGGCUAUGAUUCUUCACAAAAGAGUCUGACAUAGUUUAGUACAGAUAUGUUUUUGUAAGCUAGGCAUCUUUGCAAAUUGUAAAAAUGGGAAGAACAUGACAUUAGAUUGACAAAUUUAUUUAGUACAUAUAUAUUUGUUUAAUGACAAUGAAUCCAACUAUUCAAGCA